AUAGUUCCCGUAGGGAGCGUCGUAGAGUAUACCUCCUCUGAUUAUUAUCUUCCGUAUAAUAUUAUUCUGUGUGAGAAGACACCAUCCUAUUUCUUCUCGCAGUUCAAUAGUGGAAAUCGUUUACACAGUCACACAUACCCACCAAAAUACCCACGAAUUUUUACAGUUAUUUCAUUCAAUUUUUCUCUGCAACCGCCAUUAAUAAACCUCAAUCAAUGCCAAGAAAAUGCCUCAUCAUUUCUCUCUCUAAGUUACACCAUUAAUACUCCUUUUUUAUAUAUCUCCACCCGCAUUUGGAAUUCGGAUCGUGUGGCAAAAAAAUGGAAAAAAAACAAGGGUUUUUCUCGUCUCUACGACACGAUUUGGUCCGAGGUUUAUCGCCGGGGAGGUCACGUGCCAAAAGUCCGUCAAUGAUGGGGCUUUUCCGGCGAGGUCACGUGACAAACUCAGAGCUUUUCGUUGGAAGAUCCGGGAGUUUGAAUGGGGAAGCGCUAGCGCCGUUGAUUGAGGGACCCAAUCCGGAGGGUUCGGAAAGUGGGGAGUUGAAACGGGUCGGGUCGGGCAUUGGGAACUGGGUGAAGGGGCAGUUGGCCAGGGCUCCGUCGAUGACGUCAUCAAUGGCGUAUAAGCAGAGGUCUGAUUUGAGGCUUUUGCUUGGGGUUAUGGGCGCCCCUCUUGCUCCGGUCAGUGUUUGCUCCGGUGACCCUUUGCCUCACCUUAGCAUUAAAGACACUCCCAUUGAAAGUUCAUCUGCUCAAUACAUAGUGCAGCAGUACACAGCUGCAUGUGGCGGGCAAAAGCUUCAAAGUUCAAUAAAAAAUGCUUAUGCAAUGGGAAAACUGAAGAUGGUUGCAUCUGAAUUCGAAACCGCAUCACGAGUGGUUAAAUAUAAGCAUGGUGCAAAAGCAGCCGAGUCUGGUGGGUUUGUUUUGUGGCAAAUGAACCCUGAUAUGUGGUAUGUGGAGCUAGCCGUUGGUGGAAGUAAGGUUCAUGCUGGUUGCAAUGGGGAACUUGUUUGGAGGCACACCCCGUGGUUCGGUGCUCACGCUGCUAAAGGACCUGCUAGACCACUACGUCGGGCCCUUCAGGGUCUUGAUCCUAGAACGACUGCGAGUAUGUUUGUUGAUGCAAAGUGCAUAGGGGAGAAAAACAUAAACGGUGAAGAUUGCUUUAUUCUAAAACAAUGUGCAGAUCCACAAACAUUAAAAGCAAGAAGCGAAGGUCCAGCUGAAAUCAUAAGGCACGUGCUAUUUGGGUUUUUUAGUCAGAAAACGGGUCUACUUAUUCACAUGGAGGACUCACAUUUGACCCGUAUUCAAACCAACGGUGGUGACGCUGUUUAUUGGGAAACCACCAUAAACUCGUUUUUGGAUGAUUAUCGAUCUGUAGACGGGAUCAUGAUUGCACACUCGGGUCGAUCCGUGGUGACCCUUUUUAGGUUUGGUGAGGUAGCGAUGAGUCAUACUAAAACCCGGAUGGAAGAAGCUUGGACCAUUGAAGAGGUUGCGUUUAAUGUCCCUGGUUUGUCAAAUGACUGUUUUAUCCCUCCUGCUGAUCUAAGAUCUGGAUCGGUAAGUGAAACAUCUGAUCUCCCUCAAUCGGAAAGAGGAAAAGCUGGUUGUCGUGCUAAAGUUGCAGCUUUGGAGAAACCGCCACAUGAAGGUAAUCGAGGAAACUUUAUUUGGAAGACGGAAAUCUAGUAACGGGAAUUAUAUACUCAUCAUCAAGGGAAAUGAAAGUGUUUAUAUAGGGUGAAUGGUGGUUUAACUAACUAACUAACACCUUACUACAAGUUUUACAUGGUAGGGAGGAAUUAGGUUUAAAUAAAGUUGGAUUUUGGUGUUUUUUGAAUAUUUUAAUGGAGGUUUGUUUUAGAUUAGCUUCCAUGAGUGGAUGAAGUGAAGGUUUAUGUUUAGACUACAUCGAAAUGUUAGUUUGGUUUUUUCACCUACUGUUGGUGUGGUAGGUGUUUGAAUGGUGACAAAGAACAUGUUACGGAAAAAGAAAAGAAUAUUUUGUCUA